GGAGGGAGGGGGAGCCCCGCGGAGGAGGGAGAGAGGGGGACCCCCGCAGCCAUGGGGCACCGAGCGCCGCUGCCCGCCCGCCCGCCCUGCAGCACGGGUGCUGUGCUCUCUUUUCCUUGCCACGACUCCUGCCAAGCAUGGUGCCAGAUCAUCAACGUGUCUGAAUCACCCUCUUCUCUCCUUGCCUCUGUGGACGGGUAUCUCAAUGAAAUGAACCAAAGCAUUUCAAUACCUGGUGGAAGCAAAUACCGGCUCUACAUUGGCUUGGCUUUGGCGAUAGGUUCCAGUAUCUUUAUUGGUUCUAGUUUCAUACUGAAGAAGAAAGGACUUUUGAAACUGGCAGACAAAGGGGUCCCCCGAGCUGGACAGGGUGGAUAUUCUUAUCUGAAGGAAUGGCUUUGGUGGGCUGGAUUGCUUUCAAUGGGAUUGGGAGAAGCUGCAAAUUUUGCUGCCUAUGCCUUUGCACCUGCAACCUUAGUUACCCCCUUGGGUGCACUGAGUGUUCUCAUAAGUGCUAUAUUGUCAUCCUAUUUUUUAAAUGAGAAACUGAAUAUUCAUGGAAAGCUGGGCUGUGUACUGAGCAUUUUGGGAUCAACAGUUAUGGUUAUUCAUGCCCCUGAGGAGGAGGAGGUCACCUCACUAGAUGAGAUGGAAAGAAAGCUGCAAGAUCCAGUGUUUGUCACGUUUGCUGUUCUCCUAACAGUUGUUGCCCUCGUGCUGAUUUUUAUAGUGGCUCCAAGAAGAGGUCAGACAAAUAUACUGAUCUACAUUUUAAUUUGCUCACUCAUUGGUGCCUUCUCUGUCUCAUCUGUGAAAGGCCUAGGCAUUGCCAUUAAACAAAUGCUGGAGCAGAAGCCAGUUUAUCGACAUCCAUUGGUAUACAUUUUGGUGGGCAUUUUGGUGCUCUCAGUCAGCACUCAGAUCAGCUAUCUGAACAAAGCGUUGGACGUGUUCAAUACAUCUCUGGUGACACCUAUAUAUUAUGUGUGUUUUACCACGACGGUUGUGACAUGCUCCAUCAUCCUGUUCAAGGAGUGGAGUAGUAUGGACCCGGGUGAUAUCAUUGGAACCCUGAGUGGAUUCUGCAGUAUCAUCAUUGGCAUUUUUCUGUUGCAUGCUUUCAAAAAUACUAACAUCACCUGGAGUCAGUUGAUGUCCACUGUUGCCAAAGAACCAUCAUUACCACAUCGUGAAUACGAAACCUGUCACACUUUACUAGAGAGCAUGGAAAACCCAGCUUUGGCAUAUGAGGAGGACAAUGUUUUAUUCAGUCAAUGAAACUGUCAAGUGAUGUUCCAUCACUGAAGUGUCAUGAAUUGCAGACUCAGUCCACCUGUGUCUACCAGAAUGCUCUUCUUUUCUGCAAUCCUCUGGAAAACCAUCUGUAAGGCCGGUUAAGUAUGGGCCACUCCCCUCUGUGCCAGCUGUUGGUAGUAAUGAAUGAAAAUGUUCAAUAAUUAACAUGACAGGCAGAAACCUGAUGGUGACUGUAAGUUAGGCAAUGGGAAAACCUUGUCCUUUUUUUAUGCAGCAUCUUCUAUUGGAGAAUUUUAGCAGAAAAGAAUGGCCUUUGUAAACUAUGCUUGUAAGCUAUGCUUUGUAAGCUAUGCUUACAAAGAACAAUUUUCUCAUCAUGGUAAAAGAUAAUCCUUGCUGAAGUGAUGAAUACUCUGCUAUUAUCUUAGUGAUGGCCUUGAUAUUUCAGGCUCUCUUUAUUUUUUUAUAAUUUCUUGCCAGGCAAACUUGUAGAUAUUCUACGUGAAGGAUAUUAAUUGGAGAUACAAUACGAAGAAAACAGUGCUUAACCCUUUUAGCUUUUAAUAUAAAAUUUUAUGCAAGACUUUUUCACCUGUGACCAUCUACCAAUGAACCUUGAAUAGAUAUCACCAAAACAAUUUAUGAAAUACGGUUCUUGGUAACCAGUCUACUUCAGAAUCCAUUUUUUGACAGCAAAGUCUUAGCUCUUCUACCCAAGGCAUCCUGAAUGGAUUGCAAAUCCCUGAAUGUGCAUGUAACUUUUAAUUCAAAACUAUGACCAAGUUACAUUUUAAGAAAAAACAAAUUCAUUAGAGGCCUGAAAACAAUUGCUAUUGGCUUAAAAAAAUAACAUAAAAUGAAAGAAUAAAGUAUUCAAAGGCAGAUUGUCGUGGUUUGAG